AUGUCGACGGACCACUCUUGUUGCGCUGGCUGCCAUGAGUUUCUGUCAAGAUUCGAUGUCUUCCUUUUCGACUGCGAUGGCAAACAAUUGGUCUUUGUGACCAACAACAGCACCAAGUCACGAGCGGACUACAAGAAGAAAUUUGACAAGCUCGGCAUACCCGCAGAAGUGGAUGAAGUCUUCGGCUCGUCCUACAGUGCCGCCGUGUACAUUGCCCGUAUCCUCAAGCUACCUGCACCGAAGAACAAGGUAUUUGUGCUCGGUGAAUCUGGCGUUGAGCAGGAAUUGCAGUCGGAGGGUGUUCCCUACAUUGGAGGAACAGACCCUGAGUAUCGCCGCGAGAUUCGCAUGCCGGAAGACUUUGACAACAUCGCAAACGGCACGCUACUGGAUCCAGACGUGGGUGUCGUGCUCACUGGGCUUGACUUCCAUCCGAGUUACCUCAAGACGGCGAUAGCGUUUCACUAUCUGCAGCGCGGUGCAGUGUACCUUGCGACCAACAUCGACAGCACCCUGCCAGCGUCCCACUCUCUGUUCCCUGGCGCAGGAUCAUCCGGCGCAGCUUUAGAGAAGGCAAUUGGAAGAGAGCCAUUGUCUUUGGGCAAGCCUAGUCAGGCGAUGAUGGAUGCCGUAGAGGGCAAAUUCAAGUUCGACCGCAGUCGAACAUGCAUGGUCGGCGACCGGUUGAACACGGACAUCCAGUUCGGUAUAGAGGGGCAAGCUUGGAGGCACGCUGGCUGUGUUGACUGGAGUCAGCAAGAAGGAGGACUUCUUGGCAGAUGA